UCGGAGUCGAGCUUCCGAGACUUCAGCUUCGCUAUUUCGUCCUCGCGAUCGAGUGCCGGUGAAUUGAUUGUCAACUGGAGAGUUAUUAAUCUCGUGAUUAUUUUUUAUUCUUCGUCUACUUGAGCCACGCCGAAGGGAGAGCUAGGGAUGACUGCUACUACCGUUCUUAGUAGUUUUUCGGUUCUCAAGGACCAUGUCAAACUGAAAGUAGUGCAGGACGCCACUACCAUUGACAAUAUCGUUUUCAGACUGCAUUAUCGAGCCACAUUCGCGUUACUCUUGAUUGGAUCUCUGCUUGUUUGUUCCAAGCAAUUCUUCGGAGAUCACAUUAAAUGUAUGACAGAUAACACGAAUGAUAAGAAGGUGAGCGCUGUGAUUAAUUCGUUCUGCUUCUUCUCCUCCACUUUCACCAUCACAAAAUACAUGAACGCAUCUGUACUGAACAGAGACCAUAUACCCCAUCCUGGAGUGGGUCCUUACACAGGAGCAGAGGAGACUGUUCAUCAUGCUUAUUAUCAAUGGGUUCCAUUUGUCCUGUUUUUCCAAGCAAUGGUGUUCUACGUACCUCAUUAUCUGUGGAGAGGCGCUGAAGGUGGUCGUUUGAAGAGACUCGUCUCUGGGCUUCACAUGGCAGCUCUAUCCCUUCAGGACGAGAAAAUCGAGGUGUCGAAUGACGUAUCCAUUCCCUCGAAAGCCGACCACAAGAAGAAAAUCCAGCUUAUCCGGAAUUACUUCGUGACGAAUCUUCGCGUCAAUCGAACGUGGGCCUACUACCUCGGUAUCUGCGAGACUUUGAAUUUUCUCAAUGUCAUCCUGCAGAUCUACCUCACGAAUGCCUUCCUCGGUGGUGCCUUCCUGGAUCUCGGUAUGCGCGUUAUCGAGUACAAUGAUUGGACCAGCAGAGUGUCACCACUGGACAUGGUAUUUCCCAAGGUCACCAAGUGCAUUUUUCAUAAGUAUGGGUCCUCUGGAGGGGUUGAGAAGUGGGAUGCUCUCUGUGUCAUGGCACUGAACAUCGUCAAUGAGAAGAUUUAUCUGUUCCUGUGGUUCUGGUUCAUCAUCCUAGCGAUUAUCUCUGGGGUUGCCGUCGUCUGGAGGCUUGCGACUAUGUUCGUGUACUCGAGGAGUGAUCGUUUCAAUCGUGUACUGUUUUCAAUGGCAUGUCCUGGUAAAUCCGAACCCUGGUAUGCCCUCCAAAUGGUCCGCGACUAUCACUUCGGUGACUGGUUGUUCCUGUACUACAUUGCCAAGAACCUGGACAACUACGCAUUCACAGAGCUGCUGAUGCAGUUGGAGGAGGAGAAGGCGAGUCGUUGUACUGAUCAUUAUAACCAGACUCUGUCCAUGCUGAAUGACGACGAGAAGCUCUUCAAGAAGGUCUAGGGCCAGUGAUCAUUGGAGCAGUGUUUAUUUUUCAAUCGUUCAUUGAGGUGAAACGAAGUUUAUGAUGGGAUGAAUUUUUCUGAUGCUGGUCACGCGGGAAAAAAUUUAACAGAAAAACCGAGCGCUUUUGGAAUUCUAUGAGAAUUCUGUUGAAGUUUUAUAAGAAUUCGAUUAAAAAAUUCUAGCUGUUGUUUGCGUCAUUUUAUGUCAUACCCCAGAAUUCUCAUAGAAAAAAUCGAAAAAUUCCACAAGAAAUAUUUAUAUAGAAAAAUCAACAUAUCUGUAGAAAUUAAAAAAAAAAAAGUCUAUUUCAAAACGCGGGGGAAGUUGCAUCAUUUUUAAUAGAUUUUUGGUGUAAACAAUAAGUAGAAUCUCUCAAUAGAAUUUUUCAGAGUAAGCGCUAGGUUUUUCUAUUAAAUUGUUUCAUACGUGAUGAGAGAACAUCAAGGAAAUUGUAGUAUUGGUUAAAAAACCAAUGAUCACGGCAAAUACAAAGCGUUAUAGUUCAUAAGGUAAUAAAUAUACAGCUGGAGUUGAGAUAAAUUUCCAGGGGAGUAAUAUCAGUAGCAAAACAAUAAAACGAAACGAUUUCUUGAGGUUUAAGGAAAUUUUUAGGGAGAUUUCGUUGUCUCUCAUCACUUGGGAAAAAAUUGAAUGCAAAAAAAUUUGCCAUUUCUCUAAGAAAUUCCAUGCGAGUUCUAUGAAAAUUUGAAUUGACAUUUUAUCCGUUUUUUGCACCGACUUUUAUUGAAAAUUGUGCAAAUUUGUCGUUUUCCAGUUAAUUAUUGAUAGAAAAAAAUCAAACAAUGUUGAUUUUGCUUGUUUUUUUUUUCGAAAAGAAUUCUUGGGUAUUGAUUUCUCAAGGUUUUAUUACUAGAUUUUCCAAUCAGAAAUAGAGAAAAAGUAAUUUUCACUAGAAAAAGGUGCAAAAAACAUCUCGAAUUUUUUCAUUGAAUUUUUAUGGAAUUUCGUAGAGAAAAGACCAGGCCUUUGGAAUUUCGCAACAUGAUGAUAUUGGACACCCACUACGAAAUUCGAUGGAAACUCCGCGAUUUGGGUAUUUGCAAAUUUGCCGCAAUUACCCCAGUGAAAUACAUUUAGAUUAUGUAUUAAAUAUUGUCCAUGAAUGGGUGGAAACAUUUCUUUAAUUAUAUUAUUAUUUCUUCCUACUGUGGAUUGUAGAGUAAAAUGUUGAAUCUCGAAUUCAGGUCAUCAUAUAUUCCAUGUUUUUACGAUUUCGUUAUCAGUAACAGAUGUAGUAAAAGUUUUUUCAAGUACGAUUUUUUAUUUUUCGUUCAUUAUAUUAAGAGGACUUUGCCAAUGUUUAGCAAUUAGAUGUUAAUGAUGCUCAUUUGAAUAUAAGGUAAACGGUCUACGCUUGGGAUAGCUCAAAUUCAUUUAUUCUGUAAAUUGUAUAGAUAAAUGAAGUGAUAUUUUUCUACUAUAAACAGAGGAGAAGAGGGAAGUGCGAGAUUGAUUCUCGAAUUGAUAGAAUUCUGAGAAUGCGAUCAGAACUCUUCCGAAUUUAAUAAGGAUCGAGGAUUAUAAUAAGGAUUCAAAGACUGCUUCAUUUAGUAUAGAAUAGAUCGCUUACUCAUGAAAGUCGUUGAUACCACAAUUUGUUCGCUCGUAAGAACAUCAAUAUUGAUAGUUUUUUUGUAUUAAUAAAUAAUAAAAGUGUGAUUUCAUAUA